UCUGUGUUCAAUGUUCUCCUCCUCAGGCUCUGGGUCUGCCCAUCACUGAUGCUCAGAUUGCAGAGAUGGAGAGCCAUGCAGAGGACAUUGACUUUGCCAUGGCGGCUGAAGAAGAGCGAAAGCUGAGGCACGAUGUCAUGGCGCACGUCCACACCUUUGCACACUGCUGCCCCACAGCUGCUCCCAUCAUCCACCUCGGAGCUACGUCAUGCUAUGUGGGAGACAAUACUGAUCUCAUUGCAUUGCGUGAUGGCUUCAACAUCCUCUUGCCUAAGCUGGCCAGAGUCAUCGACCGGCUGGCAAACUUUGCAGAGGAAUACGCCGACCUCCCCACGCUCGGCUUUACACACUUCCAGCCUGCCCAGUUGACCACAGUGGGGAAGCGAGCGUGUCUGUGGCUGCAGGAUUUGGUGAUGGAUGUGAGGAACCUGGAGCGAGCCCGCGAUGAUCUUCGUUCCCGUGGAGUCAAGGGGACCACAGGCACCCAGGCCAGCUUCCUGCAGCUCUUUAAAGGGGACCAUGACAAGGUGGAAGAGCUUGACAAGAUGGUGACAGAGAUGGCUGGCUUUAAGAGAGCCUACCUGUCUGUGCACAAGAUCUGCACAGACAUCUGCCUGCUGGCCAACCUAAAAGAGAUCGAGGAACCUUUUGAGAAGGAGCAGAUUGGUUCCAGUGCUAUGCCCUACAAGAGGAACCCCAUGCGUGCAGAACGCUGCUGUAGCUUGGCCCGACAUCUGAUUGCGUUGAUGGCCGACCCCCUGCAGACUGCCUCAGUCCAGUGGCUGGAGAGGACACUGGAUGACAGCGCCAACAGGAGGAUCUCCCUGCCCGAGUCCUUCCUGACAGCAGACAUCAUCCUCAGCACGCUGCAGAACAUCACAGAGGGUCUUGUGGUCUACCCCAAAGUCAUUGAGAGACACAUCCGCAAUGAGCUGCCCUUCAUGGCCACAGAGAACAUUAUUAUGGCGAUAGUGAAGGCAGGAGGCAACAGACAGGAGUGCCACGAGAAAAUCCGUGUUCUCUCCCAAGAGGCAGCAGCUGUGGUUAAACUGGAAGGUGGAGACAAUGACCUGCUGGCCAGAAUCCAGCGAGACCCCUACUUUGCACCCAUUCUAGGGCAGCUGGAUGCUUUGCUGGACCCCAAGACCUUUAUUGGGCGUGCUCCACAGCAGGUGUCAAAGUUCCUGGCUGAAGAAGUACGCCCCCUACUGGAGCCAUACAAGUCUAAUAUGAACGUCAAGGUUGACCUUGUGGUUUCAACAGUGACGGGCAAAUGA